AUGCGCCACGGUCGCCGACGGCUUCGGCAGCGCGCAGAGAUGGAAGACUCAAUGGAUAGCAGCAGCGAUACGGACACGUUGCUGGGGGCUAAAACAGUGGAAGCGAUUCAGGACAACUCUGAGGAAUUCGUACUUAACGCCAUGAUAGAGCCUCGACCAUGGGAGUGUCGAAUGUGCACUCUCCUCAAUGAAGACGGUAAUGCAUCUAGAUGCUCUGUAUGCAAGAGCAAGCGGCAUGGGUCGCUAAGGAAGACGCUCAAACUGUCGCAGUGGCUCUCGCAGCCAGAGGACCGGACAGAGAAGAAGCAGAGCGAAAACAAGGUCGCUUUUAUGAGCGCUCGGAGAGAUUUUGUCGAGAUCAUUGACAGCAGUGAUAGUGGGGAGAGUGACGCUGCUGGUGUUGGAACUACGUCCACCGACAGUGACGUUACAAGCUGCCGACGGCGCAGUGAUAACACCAUUUGCAACUUGAAGGCAGUGAAGUCGAAUCAAGAGCUCUGGUCAAAUCUGUACGCUCCCAUAACAGUUGAUGACUUGUGCGUGAACAAGAAGAAAAUGCAGGAAAUCUCGGAAUGGUUGCAUCGCAACGCAUCGCCAUGCCCAGGCGUAUUCCAGAAGCGAUUGUUGUUCUUGUGUGGACCGCCAGGAUCGGGAAAGUCCACAGCAGUACGACGUAUUGCGUUGCAAUCAGGCAUUCUCGUCAAAGAGUGGAGCGAUAACUCAUUUGCAGGAAAGCUUGACUACGCGCGGAUGUUACGAGAUGACUUUUACAUGCCACAGGUGUCAGGGUCUGACGAUUUUUCAGACUUUAUACAUCGUUCAGUUACCUACGCAGCACUCCCCUUUGCUACGUCCAGACGCAUGCCUUUUAUUGGUAGGAAGCGCCGACUGGCAAACGAUCAAGAUGCAGCACGUUAUAAGGAGGAGCCAUUGGCGCGUUCUGGCCAAUUGAUCCUGAUCGAGAGCUGGCCUCAGUCAUGGUCAGGCGAUCUGUCGCUUUACGAAGAGAAGCUAAAGCAUAUGUACCAGUCCGUAGUCAGCUCAGCUGAUGGAUUACGUUAUCCUGUUGUUUGUAUUUACAGCGACGUUCAGGGAAGCAAGCUUGAUGUGGAGCAUUUGAGCCGAAAGUUUUCUCGUGAAGUGAUGCAUUCGCCGCUAACUUCAGUCAUUAAUGUCAACGCUGUGACAUCUACUCAGAUGAAGAAAUGUCUCGAGCGUGUUGCCGCUCAAGAAAACUGUGCUUUCCAGGUAGCAGAUAUCCAGAAGAUUAUAGAUUGUAGCUGCGGCGACAUACGGCACGCACUAAACAUGUUGCAGGUUCUAGGGAAUCCUGGUGUGAAGAAGCUGGAAAUGGUUCUAGCACCUGCGAGCAAAAAAGCCAAGAGAGAAAAAAUGUCCACAAGCCCAAAAACUUUGUCUGCCAUAACAUCCAGCGUCCGCGAUCCUUUUCUUUCGGAUUUUCACGUUGUCGGAAAACUGUUGCACGGUAAAAUGUUGCAAAGCGAAUCCAGUGACAAGGGCAAGUCGAAGCGCAAGACAUAUGACAUCGAUGACGACCAGAUAUUGUCUGCAUCCGCCAUGCCAAUGGAAAGAGUGCUUGGGCUCGUUCACGAAAACAGUGUUGCCUAUUUCUCGCAAGUGGAGGAUCUAUCUGGUGCAUUGGAACUCAUGAGCUUCUGUGAAAUGAUGGUUGCCAAAUCGUGCAACAGUGUAAGCAUUUCGGAGGCUUUCAAGCGAUCAAGGGACGUCACACAAGCCAUUUUAUUGCGAGCUGUAGCGGUCACAAACAAAAAUCCCGCCCCGAAAAAAUUUCGUCCGAUUACGCGGCCUCGGACAUACACGGCGAAGCAACGCAUGGUGUCACGACGUGAAGAAAUGGUUCUUGUCGCAGGAGAAGACGACUACGGAUUUCGGUAUGUGUGUAUGGGCGAUGUAUUCGCGUUUGAAGUGGAGCCUUAUUUAAAGAUUAUGGACCAAGUCGGUGGAUACACAGCUCGGCAAUACAGGGGCGAAAGUGCUUGUGUGAUGGAUGCACUCUCACUCCGAGACGCGGUAGACGACGAAAUCGAGAACAGUGACGAAGGAUGGCCAUAG